AGAAGCAGCCGAGCGAAAGCAGGAAUAACGGCCUGACGCAGUUAGUCGGUGCCUCUAUGAAUUAGCGGCGUAUAUCGUGAAGUAAUGGUUAACUGUGCCGGACUUUGGAUGCUGCCGGCCACAACUUCCACGCUGCUGUACAAGGUCGGUGUUUUGGGCGCAGAUAUCAGGUCGUAGCGAAGCGUCGCUGCCGCUGUUGGCUCACUCUGUGGUUUCAGUCCGUGAACAGGAAUGCAUCGGCCGCCGAGCCGCACUUCUGCUUAGCUUCCUCUACGAUGAGCUCCAUUUUCACGACGGAACAGCGCUGUGUGUAGUUUAAAGUCGUCUGAAUUAGCUGAAGCCAUGGCGAACGUCUUCCUGAAGACGUUUGUGCAGAUGUGUAAUUAUCUCCAGGACCCCUGCCAUGUCGCGAGGUUUCAACAUUUCUGCGGCAUUAAAGGAACAUUCCCGGAUAAAGCGACCAAGCCGGACAGCGGACGCCCGGAGCCGGACCGUCCCGGGCUGAGGAGGAGGCAGGAGGGACGGAGCUCAGAUGUUAGCGUCGGCAACGGAGCCGCCGGGGAUGCCGCCGCUCCGCAGGUUAACGGGAUGCAGGGCGACGAUGCCGGCAGUCCCGGUGCUCCAUCAGCUGACUCGGACACCACCAGAGCGAAGCCCCUCCGGAGGAACUCCCUGACCGGGGACGUGGGUCAGGAGUUCCUGGUCCACAACAAGUUUCUCUUCUACCUGUUCACGUUCGGGACUGAGCUGGGCAACGAGAUGUUCUUCAUCGUCUUCUUCCCAUUCCUCUUCUGGAACAUCGACGCCCUGGUGAGCCGGAGACUCAUCGUGGUCUGGGCCUGGAACCUGUUCGUGGGUCAGUCCACCAAGGACAUGGUGCGCUGGUCCCGGCCGGCCUCCCCUCCGGUGGUGAAGGUGGAGGUCUUCUACAACUCCGAGUACAGCAUGCCCUCCACCCACGCCAUGACGGGCACGGCCAUACCGUUCUGCCUCUUCAUGCUGACCUACGGCCGGUGGCAGUACCCUUUCCUCUUCGGCUUCUCUGUGGCUCUCGGCUGGAGCGUCUUGGUCUGUGUAAGCCGAGUCUACAUGGGGAUGCAUUCUGUUCUGGAGGUGAUCACCGGCUUCCUGUACAGCCUCCUUAUUCUUGCCUUUUUCCAGCCAAUCCUGGACAAGAUCGACACCUACUACAUGAUGGACCACUAUGCUCCGCUCAUGAUCAUCGUGUCACAUGUGAGCCUGGGACUUGUGGCUUUCUCUCUGGAUUCGUGGAGCACGUCUCGGGGCGACACGGCUCAGGCUCUGGGCACCGGGGCCGGAAGCGCUCUGGCCACCCACGCGAACUAUCAGCUGGGGCUGCUGCUGGACCCGCCGCUGUCCUCGCUUCCGCUGACGUUACCCCCGCUCGGCAUCGGGAUGGUGCUGCGCUCCCUGCUGCGCUUCUUCAUCGGAGUCGCCGUCAUCCUCGUCACGAGAAUGGUUAUGAAAGCAGUGACUAUCCCGUUCUUAUGCCGACUGUUCGGGCUGCCCUCGGAUGACGUGAGACAGGCGAGGCAGCACAUGAAAGUGGAGUUGCCGUAUCGUUACAUCGUCUACAGUGUUGUGGGUUUUGUUUGUGUCAGCUUUGUGCCUCUCCUCUUUAGGAUCUUCAACCUCGCCUAAGUGUUGUGUGCGAACCGUCACGUCCUGCUGACACGUAAGCCGACACGGUGAAAGCCAACAGCACUCGGAAACAUGCUGCUUGUUUUGACACAAGGUACAGGCUGUGUUUCUGCAUGAUAGAAGCUGUUUUAAAGGAUAAAUCCGAUGAUAUUAUACAUUUUUGCUGUCAGUGAAUCCCAUCAAAAGACCAAAACCAACAGUGAACUGAUCCUCAGUAUCGUCUGUGUUGCCAAAACCUGUUAUAGCUUAUUGAAGAAAUAUUUUUUUGACAUAAAUGAGCAGCACUGGGUGACAUGUUUGUUUCUAAUUUACUGGCCAAAUCCCACAUAUGCAGUUUCGCUGCUAUAAAUAAAUCACAGGUGUGUAGUUUGUGUUAAUCUGUGGCUUUAAGCAACACACAGCACGUGCACUCUUUACAUUAAGUGUUAUAAAACCAACAGUGCCCACAUGUUUUUGGAAAGUUUUUUGAAUAAACAAAUUAAAGUAUUUAUUAGUGUCCAGUUUUAAAGCUCUUACAGCUUAAAGCCGACAGCCACAAAGAUUGAAAGUAUGAAAACAGACGAUCACGUUGUCGGUUUUGGUCUUUUCAUGGGAUUCGUUCACCGAAUACGUCGAUAUCACCGGCCUUAUCCUUUAAGUUCCACCUGUGGUCGACACAUUUGAGUGUUAAACUGGAACUUUGCAGAGAUACAAAUCUGCCAGAUGUACUGUAUUGAUGCUUGUAUUCAUCAAUAAGGAGACUAUUGUACAUUUCCGUCGUUCAUCAGAGUAUACAGUCAUAUGUUAACGGGGAGUUACGCGCUCUAGAAAUAAACCAAGUCUGAAGUCACCUCACUUCUCAUCUGUUGCCGUGUUUAAGUCGAAAACAGCCUGGAAGCAAUAAAAAGUACUGAAGGUAUUUAAGUUGUCGGGGUAGUUAAUGAUCUUUAUUUAAAUACUGAAGGCUUCUCAGCUUUGAGCAGGUCUGUUUGUGUCACGGCUGUUUUUCUACAUUACCAUAGUCAGCAUUAUCUUGUCGCCUCUCUUUUGUAUUUUUCUUGUGCCACAAAAUUGUUUAUUUGUAAUUUUGGCCCAAAUGUAAGUUAAGUGCUCUCCGAAAUGGUCUUUGGAAGGUCGAGGAUUAAGUAAAAGCAAGUAUUUUUGAUAAAUUAUUUUACCAUUGUGACGAGCUGAAUUGUUGCUCCAGACAAACGAGAUCUGAAUAUAUAUUGUUCGUAUUUUAUUACUAUGAAUUGCAGAGACAUUGCAGCGUUCCUCUAACGGUCUGUUAAAACCUGUCUGAUUGUUGUAACUGUUUGCAAUCUGUUGUAUUCUUUUAAAAAUGGUUAACUGAAUUAUUAAAGUUCGAGUAUUAAGGCCCGACUAAUGUAUAUCACCAGAACUUAUAGGGCUAUUUAUAGGUCUGCUAUUAUCAUCAAUUAUCCCAUCUUUUUAUUUUAUUUUUUUUCCUGUUGUGCAAGAAAUGUCCGCUGAAAACGUAUGGAAACAAAAAAAUAAAACAUUAACAAAA